AGGUUACUUUGAGUGACAGCGUAACCAUGGCAAAUAAUUUGACUAAGGCUAUUGUCUUAUCCUCGCCAUCCCCGGGUCAGAUAACCGACCAAUCAGAUUUCAUAUAAUCGCUUGUCUUGCCAGCUUAGAAUAAUAUUAUUAAAACGAGCCAGCGAGCCCGGUCUCUGGGAGUAGGUUAUGUUGAAACGGCAUAGAAAAGGUGGAGGAGGACGGCUCAAGGAGUAGCAACUUUCUCUCUUUCUCAGCAACUAUAUGAGGAUUUGUCGCCUGGGGUUUUGCAUGGCUGAAUGGACUUGAGUGUAUGCCACCAGACGCAGUUGGAUAUUACCUAACCUUGGGCUGUUUUAAGUUUUAGGUUGCUCUUUUGGGGACCUUCUGUCGCGUAUGGACUUGCGUUUUGAUUUAAUGUGAGACUGAGAGGGGAGACGUGGAAGUAAGGCACAAUAUAAUCUGAAUUGUUGUCGCCAUGUCCAUGCUUCCUACGUUUGGUUUUACGCAGGAACAAGUUGCGUGUGUUUGCGAAGUUCUCCAACAAGGGGGGAACAUCGAGCGGCUCGGCCGCUUCCUCUGGUCCCUCCCGGCGUGCGAGCACCUCCACAAAAAUGAGAGCGUCCUCAAAGCGAAAGCCGUGGUCGCUUUCCACCGGGGGAACUUCCGAGAGCUCUACAAAAUCCUUGAGAGCCACCAGUUUUCUCCGCACAACCACCCAAAGCUGCAGCAGCUGUGGCUCAAAGCGCACUACAUUGAGGCGGAGAAGCUGAGAGGCCGUCCGCUCGGCGCGGUGGGGAAGUACCGCGUCCGGAGAAAGUUCCCCCUGCCUCGCUCUAUCUGGGACGGAGAAGAGACAAGCUACUGCUUCAAGGAGAAGAGCAGGAGCGUCCUGCGGGAGUGGUACACCCAUAAUCCUUACCCAUCCCCGCGGGAGAAAAGAGAGCUGGCCGAGGCCACGGGACUCACCACCACGCAGGUCAGCAAUUGGUUCAAAAACCGACGGCAGCGAGACCGAGCAGCGGAGGCGAAGGAAAGGGAAAACAACGAGAACUCCAACAGUAACAGUCACAACCCAUUGACUUCUUCCAUGAAUGGAAAUAAAUCUCUCCUGGGGAGCUCGGACGACGAUAAAACACCCAUGGGGACCCCGGAUCACACGUCCCAUAGCCCGGCUCUGCUCCUCGGCUCCAACUCCGGUUUACACUCCCUGCACGGCCUAGCGCCCCCGCCUGGACCCAGCGCCAUCCCGGUACCCAGCGGUGUAGACUCGGUGCACCACCACCACUCAUUGCACCAUGACACCAUACUGAACCCUAUGUCUUCUAAUCUAGUGGACCUUGGCUCUUAAAAAAACUGGCACAGAAGGGGGACAGAGAGCAACCAUUUUUUGGAAAAGUAAUUUACGAGGUGGAGUGAGGCAAACUUCGAGCACUUGUGGCAAAGUGCAAAGCAGACGGACUGGAGCACUGCUAAAGAAACAACCACCUCAACAAAUAAUUUAGUCCCAUAUCCAAACUUUUAAAGAGGUGGGAAAAAUCUGCCUGAGGGUGCAUUUAUCCCUAAAAAAAAGUCCGACGUUUUGUUUUGUUUUUUAGAAACCAGUGUUAAGGCAGAGCACUUUAGAAAAUGCGAAAAUAUUCUAAAUGCAGGUACAAUUAUGUUCUCUUUAAUUCGUUUAAGGGAAAUGUAAUUAUAUUGAUAUUUAGAGAUUAUGACUUGUUAAAAUUGAUCAUUUUUGCAGUGCUGGUGCUGGUGCAGACAAAAGGUGAGGUGGAUCUAGGUCGUUUUAGGUAAAAAAAUAAAAAAUAAAAAAAAUAGAAAAAAGUAUUUUACCGGAAUGUACGUAACAUGCUAUAUUGUUGAAAACAAUAACAAUAAAAUGUCUUAAUUCUUGUUACUAUUACCGUUGUUAUUUUAGGGGUUUAGAUUUAUCAGCAGACUCUGAAGGCACCGAGUUAAAGGUACCCCAUCGCCUUUUUGUUUACACGAGGUUUUCCAAGAGAAAGGGGUGGGUGGGGGAUGAGGGGGUAUAAUAUUCUCAAGUGUCUUAUACGAGCCGUGAUAAAAGGAAAUAUCCUACCUAUAUCUCUUAAUAUUAUUAUUAUCAUUUGCAAUUUCAUUUGGAAAGAGACUGCAUGUAAACUAUGCGAUAAAUGAUGAAACAUAAAACGAUUCACCUAUAGUUUCAUAUACCCUUUACAAUAAAAGAAAAAUAAAUACAUGGAUUAAAAAUCGAGGAUUUCUUUGAUUCAGAAU